AUUCUGCUCCAAUUUAGGGAGAUUCACACCAUUUUUAAGAGGAAAUGACUGAUAUUUCUUUCCUGGUACUCAUUUCACAUUUUGAUCCUAGUGAGUUAGUGAGAUUUGAACUUGCCUUGAUGUUAAGAUGUCAACUUCUUGAACAUAAAGACUUCCCAUUUCUUCACUACUAUUAUCAAUAUGGGACUAAGCUGUUCAAUCAGUUUUUGUUGAAUAAAGAAUAAAUGCUGUUUGUUUUUUGAGGGGGAAGAAACCUGGUUAAUGUGAGGGUUUCAUGUACCAUUGGAGCCAGAAUGGGGCACAUCCAUGUAGCAACAGUUGUGAGCAAUAAACAGAAAGGUAGCUAAAAUAAAGAAUUUGCAAAGAAAGAACCUCACUAUAAUGUUAUGACAUGUUCACUGACUUUCUCCACUUGCCCCAACUGCCAACAGAGAUAAAACAACAUGAGGAGGGAGAACCAGAGCAGCGUGUCGGAGUUCCUCCUCCUGGGGCUCCCCAUCCGGCCAGAGCAGCAGGGCAUGUUCUUCGCCCUGUUCCUGGGCAUGUACCUGACCACGGUGCUGGGGAACCUGCUCAUCAUCCUGCUCAUCAGGCUGGACUCUCGCCUCCACACCCCCAUGUACUUCUUCCUCAGCCACUUGGCCCUCACGGAUGUCUCCUUUUCAUCUGUCACAGUUCCAAAGAUGCUCAUGAAUAUGCAGACUCAGCAACAAUCCAUUCCCUAUGUGGGGUGCAUUUCACAGGUAUAUUUUUUCAUAAUUUUUGGUUGUCUUGACAAUUUCCUUCUUGCAGUGAUGGCCUAUGACAGGUAUUUGGCCAUCUGUCAACCACUCCACUACUCCACUGUCAUGAGGCAGGAGCUGUGUAUCUCAUUAGUGGCUGGAUCCUGGUUCUUCUGUUGUAUUCAUGCCCUGUUGCACACCCUCCUCUUGGUCCAACUGCCCUUCUGUGAUGAUAAUACCAUCCCUCACUUCUUUUGUGACCUCACUGUGCUCCUAAAGAUGAGUUGCUCAGAUGUCUCUCUCAAUAGGCUGGUCAUCUUUACUGAAGGAGGAAUUCUUUUCACCCUGCCUUUGUGUAGUAUCUUGGGCUCGUAUAUUCGUAUAGGGACAACUGUCCUAAAGGUACCCUCCACUAAAGGACUCUUUAAAGCCUUUUCUACCUGUGGCUCCCAUCUUUUUGUGGUGUCUUUAUACUAUGGGACACUUGCAGGUAUUUACUUUUUCUCCUCAUCAUGGAACUUUAGUGACAAAGACAUAAUUGCUUCAGUCAUGUAUGCAGUAGUUACCCCUAUGCUGAACCCCUUUAUCUAUAGCCUGAGGAACAAAGAUGUAAAACAGGCCCUGCAAAUAUUUGUCUAUAGGGCUAACUUUUAA